AUGCUUGAGCUCUUCCACGGUGAUGAAUUUAUUGCAGGUGUGUCCACACUGCUUGAACUAGCACUGCAACGUGGAUAUUUGGUCAUGGCUCGACAGUUUUUCGAGCGCAAAAGCGAAGAGGACAAGUGUCAAUAUGUUGCUGAUGCUGCCGAAUAUGGCAACGUCGUAUUAAUGAGGUGGCUAAUUGAGAAUGGGGCCCCAUUGAGCGUUCAUACAGCGUUCUCUUUUGCCUCAGAUCCCAUGAUCAGAAACAAAGGCGUCGAAGUUACUUGGUGGUUGUCUGAAAGCGAUCGCGUGGUUUUUAUUCGCCACUCUUUACAAAACAAUCGCCGCAAGAUGGUGCUGUGGGUACUAGAUAAUACCGUUUUCGAGGAUGAGACUUCACAGAAUGCUAUUCGAAGUGCUCUCAAGAUGGCCGAUAACGCUAUUGUACACUGGCUUUUUGAUAAUCUCUCGAAAGAUGACGCUCGCAGUUGGUGUUUUCCAUCGCAUGAAGAAGAAUCGAGCGCUGGGACGCAAGUAACGAAGGCUGCUAAUGCAGACGGAAGCUAG